GCUAUAAAGGGUUACCAAUAAUUAACUACGCCUAUGUAGUUAUUUUCACUUCCAGCUGUUAAGGAGACGAUUUUAGUUGAACAAUAUUCUAAAUUUAAUUUUGGUCAAGUUAUUGGACUUAUUUAUUGGGCAGUGUGCGCUUUCCAGGUGUUAAUUUACACGGGAAAUUCCGGCUGUGUUCUUCCCUCCAGGGUGUGACAGGGGAACAGUGUGUGGAAAGUUCUGGAGGCUGCAUUUCGGCAACACUUUCCAAAGAAACACGAAUGCGGCGAAGCCGUCAACAUCCAGUUCAGAGUUCGCACGCGGGUUGCCAGACGUGCCGCGGAUUGCCGUCCGACGUAAAGUCGUCGUCGGUGCCGAAACUGACGCCGUACGUCAGGCACGCGCUCGUUCGAGAAUAAUAUCGAGUUUGUAUUUGCCUGUGGAAGUAGUUGCGCGGCAUCUGUUUUCUUCAGAAAGAGUACUAAGAUAAGUUCCUCUUCGCAAAGAAGUUCGAAAGAUAAUUUGAGAUGUGGGCAUUACACGCUCACGCGCGCGCGCGCCAGAGCGCACGACUCUGCCACGGGCUCCUGAUCAUGAAAACCCCGCGCAGCAGUGGCCGCGUCGGCGUCACGAGGAGCGCCACCACCACGUCAGCGCUCGCGGGCCUCGGGAGACGUUGGGGCCAUUCUACUGGGGACCAUUCUGGGGGCCGGGGGGCCGCGCGCGGCUGCGCGCACCUGCGCUCGCGCUCCUCCGCGUUCGCCACAGUCCCCACCACCUACGACCAGGCGUUCGCGAGCGCGCGCGACGAGCCGGAUUCUUUCUGGAGCGCGGUAGCGCAGAAGGUGACCUGGUUUGAACCCUGGAGUCAGACCCUGGACAAGAGCAACCCCGUGUUCCCGAAAUGGUUUGUCGGAGGGAAGCUGAACGUGUGUUUCAAUGCUGUGGACCGACACGUAGAAAAUGGGCGAGGUGGACAUCCUGCCAUCAUUUACGACAGUCCCGUCACGAGGGUGAAGCAGAUCAUUACGUAUGCUGAGGUGCAAGAACAGGUGUCCAAGCUGGCUGGUGUCAUGGUAAAACAUGGGGUGAAGACGGGUGACCUGGUCGUCAUUUACAUGCCCAUGAUUCCCCAGGCUAUGUUUGCCAUGCUGGCAUGUGCCCGCAUCGGGGCCCCUCAUAGCCUCAUUUUCGGUGGUUUUGCCUCAAGGGAGCUGUCGGUCCGCAUCGACCAUGCCAAGCCUAAAAUGAUAGUGACGGCCUCAUUUGGCAUUGAACCAGGAAGGAGGGUGGAGUACAUCCCUUUGGUGCAGAAGGCACUGGAGCUGAGCACUUAUAAACCCCAUAAAGUCCUUAUCUACAACCGUCCUGGGAUGGAAACGGCAUGGCUCGACUCAGACAAAAGCUUGGAAUGGGGAGAGGAGAUGGUCGCUGCCCACCCGCACGAUUGCGUCCCUGUCCCGGCCAACCACCCGCUCUACAUCCUUUACACCUCAGGGACUACGGGCACUCCAAAGGGUGUUGUCAGAGACACUGGUGGAUGUGCUGUGAUGUUGAAUUGGACCAUGUCAAGCGUGUACGAUCUCAGACCUGGUGAGGUUUGGUGGGCAGCAUCUGAUCUAGGCUGGGUGGUUGGACAUUCUUACAUCUGUUAUGGCCCUCUCAUUUAUGGUAUUACCACUGUGCUGUACGAGGGCAAGCCGGUGGGAACACCUGAUGCUGGAGCAUACUUUCGCGUUCUGUCCGAGCAUGGUGUGGCAGCCAUGUUUAUUUCCCCCACUGCCAUCCGCGCCAUCCGCCAGCAGGACCCUGAAGCAUCCUUGGGGAAGCAGUACCCUCUUACCAAAACACGUGUCCUGUUUGUGGCCGGUGAACGCUGCGACAUAGAGACGCUUGAAUGGGCCAAGAGUAACUUUGGGGUUCCGGUGUUGGACCACUGGUGGCAGACAGAGACUGGAUCUUCGAUCACAGCAUCCUGUGUUGGCCUGGGAAACACAGUGUCUCCCCCUGCUGGCCAAGCAGGCAAGCCGGUUCCAGGGUACAAUGUCAAAGUUCUCGACGAUGACAUGAGGGAAGUGGAACCGAGGACUCUGGGAAAUAUUGUUGUGAGACUUCCACUGCCACCAGGGGCUGCGCUCUCACUCUGGCAGAAUGACAGGCUUUUCCAGGAGCUGUACUUCUCCAAGUUCCUUGGGUAUUAUGAUACCAUGGAUGCAGGCUAUGUUGAUGAGGACGGGUUUCUCUACAUCAUGUCCAGGUCUGAUGAUGUAAUCAACGUAGCGGGCCACAGGUUGUCCACUGGGGCUCUGGAAGAGGCUGUGCUGCAGCAUCCAGCUGUGGUGGAUUGCGCUGUGGUGGGCCUGGAGGACUCGCUCAAGGGUCACGUUCCCUUCGCCCUUUGCGUGCUCAAGAGCGACUGGAAGAAGAGUCAGAAGGACGUAGCUGAUGAAGUGGUCAAAGUGGUGCGUGAGAACAUUGGGCCUGUAGCGGCUUUCCGGAUGGUUCUGUUUGUAAAGGCCCUCCCUCAAACACGCUCUGGGAAAAUCCCGCGCUCAACGCUCUCCAACCUUGUCAACAGAAAGCCUUACAAGAUCUCUCCAACUAUCGAGGAUCCGAGUGUAUUCAAGGACAUUGAGGAGAUGGUCAGAGAGAAGAUGUGAGCUGCAAGGAUGCCAGCUAGUCCAUGCUGUUGAGGUCUAUCAUGUGUCGACUGGAUCUGCUCAUGGAAGGAGCACUGCCUGUCCUUUCAGCAGAACAGUCACUUGGUCUAAGUGAGUUUGAUGAAUAAUUACCACUAAAUGCACGGGAGCAAUGUGACACUUGGAGUUUAAACAGUGACAGAAGUGUGAAAUAAAUGAAGGAAAUACA